GGCGGGUGUCAGGCAUUCUGAUACCGAAACAUUGUCACGUGACAAGCCAAAGUCCAAUAACGGCGUCGGUUAACCCAUCAUAUGGAACUCAAACCUAGCUCAGACUGGAAUAAGUUAAACGUUUAUAGUACGAAGUCCUUAGCGAACUUAACUUUUCUUGAGCUGGUUUCCGUGUAGCAGUUUGGUCUAGUAGCGGACGCGUACAGGAGAAUAAUUCGGUUCUCUUCACCCUCUUCACCAUGAGUCGCUCCACCAGAAGCAAAGUAGAAAAACAAGACAAAAGUGAAACUAAUGUUGACUUGGAGACUCAAAAGAAUGUAGAAGAAAAGUAUGUGGUAGAGAAAGUUGUCGAUAAAAGAAAGAGAAAAGGUGCAGUGCAGUAUCUUCUAAAAUGGAAAGGUUAUGACGAAAGUGAAAACACAUGGGAGCAGGCAGAAAACAUGGAUUGCCCUGAUUUAAUUUCAGAAUUUGAAAACCAGACAAAAAGAAUGAAAAAAGAAGAAGAAUACAUAGUAGAAAAGAUUAUGGAUAAGAGAGUAAGGAAGGGGAAAGUUCAAUAUCUUUUGAAAUGGAAAGGCUUUGACCAUAGUACCAAUACAUGGGAAAAUGAAGAAAACAUGGAUUGUCCUGGUUUAAUUUCAGAGUUUGAAAAUGAGAAAAAAAAAGCAGGAAAAAGCAAGGAAGAAUUGUACACUGUUGAACAAAUCAUGGACAAAAGAAUUGUGAAGGGAAAAGUGCAGUACCUCUUAAAAUGGAAAGGAUACGAUCAUAGCCAAAAUACCUGGGAAAGCCAUGAAAACAUGGAGUGCCCUGAUUUGAUUGCAGCAUUUGAAAAAAUAGAGAAACAAAGGGAAAGCCAUAAUAAAAAUAGGAAGUCGGCAAGAAACUCCUUAUAAAUGUGUGUACCCCUUUUGACACAAGAGAACGAAGAAGAAAGAAGAUCGGAGUCCGAAGGUUGUAGCGAACGGGCCUUAGCUUUCAUACUUGAAUGUUAGAUUUGUUACUGUUCCUUUAUGCACAAAUCGGUCUCAGAAUUCUUGCCCAUACCCUUCCUCUUUACGGUUUUUAUCGACUGAUUUUGUUUGAUCCAAAACAGUUUUCAUGUCAUACGUUCCCUAGUUCAACAAGACUAUUUCCUCGUCCCACCUUGUGAAAUGUAUUCGCAAGAUACCCAUUAAUACAUCAUAAUUUGCUGAUA